GACACAGUAGGUUUUAAAGGUCCUCCCACUAAACUCACAUAUCUGCACAACAACAGCAUCAGAGUCCGCUGAUGUUGUUUAUUGUGCAUCUGCCGGUGCUCGAUGGCGCAUCUCUGACCGACAGCUACUUGUUAUUUACCGGCAUUAAGAAACAAAUAGAGAUUCUCGAUGGAGGACCUUGGGGAUCUGACCAGUGGGCAAACCGCCGCCCUAGUCAUGUUGGCCUUCCUUCAAGCUGACUGUAGCGCUGCUGCAGAGUACCAGAAGGAGCUGCUCUCUCUGGGCAAGGACUUCCAUCAUCUGACCCGGGACAUCAACUCCAAUGGUCCCAGGAUAGACGCUACGGAAGACGGAGACCUUGAGACUGAUGGUCACCUGGCCAGCAGCAUCACAGCUGCUCUAGGUGAUCUCCAGCCUUCAGUGGAGCUGCAGUGGCCCGGGAACCAUGGAGAGGCAGCAGACUUUCAGCAGAUUGCAGAAGGGCUGAGAGAAAUUGCAGACCAGCUGGAACAGAACGUCGUGGCUCAGGCUACCCGGAACCUGAGCAGGAACAUAGCAGCCUCCCCAUCUGACCAGUGGAAAGACCACCUCACCCGGGAGGUGGAGAGGGCGAUGAGGCAGGGUGUGGGUCUGGAGCAUCUACCCCAGGAGCGAGUCAUGGUGGCGCUCACCCUCACCCUGGUGAAGGGAGUGUGCGAGCAGGCCCCUCGGCUGCUGAGAAACCUCUUCAACUCCGCGCUGCAGUACCUCACCCCCGCGAGGGCCAGGUGACUUCAGAGCUGCGGGGCUGAGAGGAAAUUACUGAGAAACGUGCGGCAGGAAACGGCUCAAUCUGAAACCAGCAUCUGCUCCUCAUGACCAGUCGUCUGUGAAAGGAGCUGCGUUGACCCUACAGCAGUAAAAAAAACACUUUUCAAACAAAGGGAAGUGACGAUGAAUUAUUUCAGUUGACAGUCUUAUUUUGAAAACGGGAAAUAGAAGGUUGAGUUUGACACUUGAAUUUAUUCCAUUACUUAAUGUGAUCUGUGUGCUCUUGCUUAAAAAAUUUAUCUUUAUACUUGAAAUACAUGAUUAUUUUUGUAUUUGAUUAUUUUUUGUUUGUCAUAUACAUGUAUGGCUAUUAUAUAGUGUCAUUUGAUUAAAUGUUUUUCCCGGAA